AUGGACCAGCCGAAACCACAAGAGUUAAUCGAGACUUUGACUAAAAAUUAUCGAGUGUUGCCUCUAUAUGAACAACAGACUUUCCAACAUCGAAUCAAGAAUCACGUGUCUCUACAAAAGAAUUCAUAUUUGGCCUGCAAAUGGGCUGAAUGCAAGGAUAAUCUAGGGAAGAAAAAACGACAACCAUUCCAAUUCCCACAAGUUUCGGACUUCCACUUCUACAAUUAUCACAAUUGCUACAAACCGAGCGAGUCGACGAAAAACCGGAAAGAUUAUCGAUAUUCACUCACUAGUGGCCCUGGAGUCGAUGAGUACGGCGAGAUUCCCAUCCCUAACGAAAUGAUUGGCAUUAAGUCAGAUGGUACAAAAUCGAAGAGAAAUUCCACAAAAUUGACUAAAACUAGAAAACGUAACAUAUUUAAACGACGUCUGUAA